AUGCAUAUCUCAACAUUAUUAUCAAAUUUAUUAAUUGGUUUAAUUAUUAUUGAAUCUACCGGUGCUCAACUUUUUCGACCCGGAUAUGAACCUCAAAGCAUCAUCAAUUCAUUAUUAACUCCGGCAUUAUAUCCUGUGAGAAGUGAGUGCGUGGCCACUGCUGACAGUAGGACCGGCUUAUGUAUGCCAAAAGCAGCCUGUCUUAGUUCCGGCGGAUACGUUGCCAAUACAUGUAAUUUUGUAUUAUCAUGUUGCAUUUAUCAGGGAACCUGUAGGUCAGUGAUUACAGCAAAUGAGACAUACUUUGUAUCACCGCAAUAUCCAGCCCUGCAUACCGAGCGCCUGGACCCUCCUUAUUGUAUAUUUACAUUACAACGGAAUUCCCCAUUUAUCAAAUGGCCCGUAUGUCAAGUUAGACUUGAUUUUGAAGAGUUUAGUUUGGCGCCUCCUGUAAUGGGUUCGUGUGGUAACGGCACGACCGACUCAUUUAUAGUGUCCGGUGCCUCCACUUUCAAUCAAUCGGGACUACCUGUAGACGGCGUGUGCGGAGAAUUGACGGGACAACACAUGUAUUUAGAUGUCGAUUCCAAUAAUAUAAACGAUCCGUUAUUGCUUGUGAUUAAUACGGCUAAUGAACAACAAUAUAACAGGAAAUGGAGUAUUCGUAUCCAACAAAUCCCGUGUCAAUCACCCUUUAGAGCACCACCCGGUAGUCUACAAUAUUAUACAACCCCUUCCGGAACUAUAGAAAGUUUCAACUAUAGAGGCAUAACCAAAGCAUCACCCAUUCUGCCUCCGGGUCAAUUUUUCCAACCUAUAUACCCUAACGUUGGUAUCGGUGGUUUACAAUCAUCGAGUCAAUUGCCGUCACCCAACUAUUACAAUAAUAUGCAUUACGGCAUAACUAUAGCCAAACAGCCUAAAAUGUGUGGUAUCCGCUGGUCAGCUGAUACCAUGGAUUUUGGUGGCGAAAAUGUGGGAACGGGUUUCACUGAAACAAACAGUUGUAUAUUUGUUAACAUUGAUGAAGACAGAGGCGAUUAUAUUACAAUUCCCGGCAGUUCUCGAAAUGGCAAAACAUUUUUAGUCAAUCGAUUUUGUGGACAACGUUUGACUCCUGAAAUCAAUUCACAGGGAAGUACUAUCAAUGAAGAUGUCAUUUCAUAUAUGAAACCAUUUGUUUUAUUUGUGCACUCGGAUCCCAAUCCAUUAUUAAACCCCAAUACCCAACCCGGAGCUCCACUCUACAGUCAAAAGGGCUUUCGAUUAUUUUAUCAACAAAUUCCUUUUGGCAACAAAACAUAG